CUAGAAAAAAUGUGACACUCGUACACACUCUUUCUUUCUCCCUCUUAAAAGGACACCCCAAAAUAAUGGCGGUUGCGUUCUGAUUGAUUGGAGCAGAGAGAGAGAGAGAGUAAAGCAAUAGUAGCAUGGUCACAAGUAACUAGUAGUAGCAUCAGCACCGUAACCAUAACCAUAAUCGCAGAGCACAACCACUGCUUCCCAUUUUUCCAUUACUUGAAAUGAGCCAAACGCUAAGAACCUGACUCUGAAUUUUGUACUCCUUACCCAACACAACACUGUCUCUUCUUUUGGUGUCCAUCAUAAUCAACACACUAAAUAUUCGAUCCAUUAACUCUCUCUCUCUUCUCCCCUUCUAAGAUCCCUUCUUUCCCUGAGAUCUGUUCUUUUCACGUUUCUUUUUUUCUUGCUCUUUCAGAUUGUUGCUAAAUUUGGUUGUGAGAACCCACGUGUGCUCUUGUUCGAGUUCUUUAAGGUCGUGUGUAAUGAAGAACUCGGUUGAGGAUUGCAACUUGGGGUGUUGGGGGUUGAGCAAGAUUAGAAGCGAAUGAGGCGUAAAGCAAUUGUCUUUUGUUGUGAUACUGGUUUUGGUUGAGGACUGGACGGUGGGAAUCUAGUGGGUAUAUUUUAGAUUUUGAUGGGUUUUGGUUGGUGAAGGGGUGAAAAUUAUUGGGACAAAGAAUGUUAUUCUGCAGUGGGAAGGAAGAGACUAAAGGCUUGUUUUGUGGUGGAGGGUGUCAUUUUCUGACAAUUUUGUUGCUUAAUUGGUCUGCUUAAGAGUGUUCUGAUUGUUGGCUCAAUUUUGAGGUUACAGUUUUGCUUAAAUCUUUUGCUCAAAUGAGACUUUCUUCAGCUGGUUUUAGUCCUCCAUCCCAGGAAGGGGAAAAGCGAGUUUUAGAUUCAGAACUUUGGCAUGCAUGUGCUGGUCCCCUUGUCUCUUUACCAGCAGUUGGAAGCCGCGUGGUAUACUUUCCACAAGGUCACAGUGAACAAGUGGCUGUUUCAACAAACAAGGAAGUAGAUGCCCAUAUCCCAAACUAUCCAAGCUUACCUCCUCAACUUAUUUGUCAACUUCAUAAUAUGACUAUGCAUGCUGAUGCUGAGACCGAUGAAGUGUACGCACAGAUGACCUUGCAACCUCUGAGUCCUCAAGAGCAAAAGGAGGCCUACCUGCCAGCAGAGUUGGGCACUCCAAGUAAACAACCAACAAACUAUUUCUGCAAAACUUUGACUGCCAGUGAUACAAGCACUCACGGGGGAUUCUCUGUACCUCGCCGGGCAGCUGAAAAAGUGUUUCCCCCAUUGGAUUUCUCCCAACAACCUCCUGCUCAAGAAUUGAUUGCAAGGGAUUUGCAUGGUAAUGAAUGGAAAUUCAGGCACAUUUUCCGGGGUCAGCCCAAAAGGCAUCUACUUACGACUGGAUGGAGUGUCUUUGUGAGUGCUAAAAGACUCGUUGCUGGUGAUUCUGUGCUGUUUAUCUGGAAUGAAAAGAACCAAUUGCUUCUUGGUAUCCGUCGUGCUAAUCGACCACAAACUGUGAUGCCUUCUUCAGUGUUGUCAAGUGAUAGUAUGCACUUGGGGCUUCUUGCUGCAGCAGCUCAUGCAGCUGCAACAAAUAGUCGUUUCACCAUUUUCUAUAAUCCUCGUGCUAGCCCAUCAGAAUUUGUGAUUCCUUUAGCAAAGUACGUAAAAGCUGUGUAUCACACUCGAGUUUCAGUUGGUAUGCGUUUCAGGAUGCUAUUUGAAACAGAGGAAUCAAGUGUGCGGCGAUACAUGGGUACAAUAACUGGCAUUAGUGACCUGGAUCCUGUACGUUGGCCAAACUCACAUUGGCGCUCGGUCAAGGUUGGCUGGGAUGAAUCCACUGCUGGAGAGAGGCAACCUAGGGUGUCUCUGUGGGAAAUUGAGCCAUUAACAACAUUUCCUAUGUAUCCAUCUCCGUUCCCACUUAGGCUUAAACGACCAUGGCCUCCUGGACUGCCUUCAUUCCAUGGCAUGAAGGAUGAUGACUUUGGCAUAAAUUCACCUUUGCUGUGGCUCCGUGACACUGAUAGAGGGCUUCAGUCUCUUAAUUUUCAGGGGAUUGGGGUCAAUCCUUGGAUGCAGCCAAGAUUUGAUCCCUCCAUGUUGAAUAUGCAACAAGAUAUGUUUCAAGCUGCUGCUGUUCAGGACAUAAGGAGUGUAGAUUCUUCCAAACAGCAUCCUGGUUCGUUACUUCAAUUUCAGCAACCACAGAACAUCCCAAACAGGACUGCUGCUCUAAUGCAGGCCCAGAUGUUGCAGCAGUCACAACCUCAGCAGAUAUUUGGAAAUAAUCAAGAAAACCAGCAUCCAACACUCUCUCAGCCUCAAACUCAGGCCCAUCUUCAGCAACAUAUGCAACAUCAACACUCGUUCAAUAGUCAGCAUCAUCAUCAACACCAGCAACAACUACAACAACAGACACAACAGCAACAGCAAGUGGUAGAUAGUCAGCAAAUUUCAAGUGCUGUCUCUACAAUGUCUCAGUUUGUUUCAGCACCUCAACCUCAAUCACCACCUAUGCAAGCUAUCUCUUCCCUGUGUCAACAGCAAAAUUUUUCUGAUUCAAAUGGGAACCCUGUGACUACUGUUGUCUCUCCACUACACAGUAUCUUGGGUUCAUUUCCCCAGGAUGAAACAUCUCACCUUCUGAACCUUACUAGAACAAGCUCUUGGAUUCCUGUUCAGAAUUCAAGUGCGUGGCCCUCCAAGCGUGUUGCAGUGGAUCCUCUCCUUUCUUCUGGAGCAUCUCAAUGUGUUCUACCUCAGCUGGAACAGCUUGGGCAACCACAGAGUACCAUGUCUCCAAAUGCUAUUACAUUACCACCUUUUCCUGGUAGGGAGUGCUCAAUUGACCAAGAAGGGAGCAAUGAUCCACAAAACCAUCUUUUAUUUGGUGUUAAUAUAGAUCCGUCCUCCCUUCUCAUGCCUAAUGGGAUGUCUGCCAUAAAGGGGGUCAACAGCAACGGUGACUCCUCAACGUUGCCAUAUCAAUCUUCUAAUUAUCUGAAUACAACAGGUCCUGAUUCUUCAUUGAAUCAUGGAAUGACCCACAGCAUUGGCGAAUCAGGCUUUCUGCAGACACCAGAAAAUGCAGGACAAGGAAACCCAUUGAAUAAAACCUUUGUGAAGGUUUACAAGUCAGGGUCCUUUGGAAGGUCAUUGGAUAUCACUAAAUUCAGCAGCUACCAUGAGCUGCGUAGUGAGCUUGCCCGAAUGUUUGGCCUUGAAGGCGAGUUGGAGGACCCUCUGAGAUCAGGCUGGCAGCUUGUAUUUGUAGACCGAGAGAAUGAUGUUCUUCUCCUCGGUGAUGGCCCCUGGCCGGAAUUCGUAAAUAGUGUAUGGUGCAUCAAGAUACUUUCACCUCAGGAAGUGCAGCAAAUGGGCACCGGCCUCGAGCUUUUGAGCUCAGUUCCAAUUCAAAGGCUCUCAAACGGCAUCUGUGAUGACUACGUGAGCCGUCAAGACCCAAGAAAUUUAAGCAGUGGGAUAACAACUGUAGGGUCUUUAGACUACUGAAUUAUAUGACUGUUUAUAGUCUGCAUUUCUUCCAUCACAUGUAUUAUUAUCAAUGCUUCUCAACCCUUUGUUAACGGUGGGAAGCACUUCCUUAAUGUAGUUUAUAGCCUACUCUCUAGCCUUUGGUUUUUGUUUUCCUGUUUUUUAUGCUAGGACCAUUCAUAAAUUAAUACUGUAACUAUAUGGCAUCUAGUCAUUGUGCUAGCAACAAUAUAUACAAUACUUAAAUCCGUUAGGAAAUCAAUGCGUGAAGAUAGUUCUCAUAACUUCUGCUGAACUUUACUUUUAGUUUGCUUUUGGCCAAGUCUUCGGGGUGCAUGAUUUGACUAUGAAGCAUUGGGGACAAUGGAGUGGAGGUGAUGUUGAUAUUCUUGACCUUUAACGAGUUUUGGUUUGAAUUGUUUGGUAAAUAUAUACCAUGCAUGAGAUAAAUGGUCACUUAAGUCGUAGAUGAUCCUGCAGAUGAUGUUAGAGUACUUGACCUUGGUUGAGUGAUGAAUAAAUGAUAAACCAUUUGGGAAAAGGAGGAUGUGACCCUUUGAACAUGAAGAGGACACCAAAGACAUGUGAUGUGUCCCCGUGAUCAUACAAGGAUGGAAAACAAAUCACUGUCUUUCUAUUUAUGUGAUUGUGGCCCGCUUUGUCGUGUUCUUGGUUUUGGCCAUGCACCCUUUUACCUUGCCUGUUAAUGCUUUUGCUUCUUCAAUGGCAAAGUGAAAGCUGUGCAUUUGUCCAUUUCGAUCUUGCUUAAUCAUACAUGCUUCAUGCUCUCGUGUCCCAAGUAUUUGGAUUCUAUAAAGCAACAUAAUUCCUUCCCUGUAUUGUCUAAGUUGACGUUUCAUGGAUGGGAAAAUUUAUAGAAAUGAUGUAAAAAUCUUAUGGAUGUAGGUGACACAUAAAUGAUCACGACAAUGCUAAUAAUUUCUGCCAAUUGAUUCAGCAAUCUACUUGCCAAUAAAUGAGAAAGGUAGAGGUGACUGAGAUAUUAAAAUUG